UCAUAUUUGGCACGCAUGUUUUGAUUGAGUAUAUAUAUAUUUGAUCAGUCAGAAAUCCAGUCAGAUCAAUUCCAAAUUGCAUGCUGAAGCAUAUGUAUCUCUCGAUCAAAAUGCUGCGCGGGCCGAAGAUAGUUUACCUGAGUCGAUGGUAUCACAGGGAACGAGCAUUGUCGUCAGUAAUUCGACGGUUAUAUGUAACUCAAAAAUUGGAAACUUCAAAAUGCACAUUGCCUUUAAUAAAAAACUGCAAUAUUCUACAAGCUACACAUGAAAAUAGUCGAGAAAACGAACCAAGAACUAACUCUUUGGAUCAAAAUAAUCAGAAUAAAAACGCCGAAUCCUUGGAUCGUGCAUAUAAUGUGCUCAAGCAUACGCUGCCCAGGCUAUUUAUCGAGCCUCUUGACUACUCCAUCUAUAGCCCCAAUCUGAUAUUCCAGAACAACAUAACUGGCAAGCAUACAGUGGGUUUGUAUCACUAUGUCAAACAAAUUGCGAUACUCCGCACGGUGGGUCACUUGAAGUAUGCUUAUGUCAAAUUUGAGGUACUUAAGAUUACCAAACAUCCGGAAGAUAAUACAGUGCGCUUCAGAUGGCGAGUGCGAGGCAUAUCGGGCCUGAAAGUAAUGUUUCAGUUCUGGAAAUACAAAAUUUGGCAACUGCAGGAAAUACUAAAAGAUCAGGAGGCAUGGUACGAUGGAUAUUCGAUCUGCUAUCUGGGCGAGGAUGGUCUAAUUAGCAAGCAUAUCGUUGACAAAAUAAUGCCAGACGAGAGUCGCGAAGUCGUUGAUAGCAAUACGAGUUCACAGUUGCCAACUGGCUCCUUAGCGGCGACGACAACACAAAAACUGAAUUUUCUUUAUCCACAUAAAUAAAUAUUAAUUCCUAUAAAUUUAGUAAAUUAUAUAUGCCAGUUGCUUUAUCAAAUAAAUUAUAA